GCUGUGCAAGGCUGCCGGAGCCCCCGCGCGCGUUUACUGCCUCCCUCCCUUCCACCCACUCGGCCACUCAGUUCAAUGCAGCUGACUCGUAAGUAAACGCGCAAGGCCUCCCUGCUCUUCCCGGCCUCCCUGCGUUCCUUCCUAGCUCUCGCGAGAACUGCGCCUCUUGUUCCCGGCAUCCAUUUCGAAGCGGAGAGAGGCGAGCGCCGGCGGGGAGCGAAGCGGCCAUUGAGCCUGUGUUCUCGCGAGAUUUGGGGCUCUUGUUCCCAGCAUCCAUUUCGUGGCGGCGGCGAGCGAAGCGGACGACGGCGGCCAUGUUGGGAGCGUCGGGACGGUUGUAGCGAUAAAGGCCUGUGUGAGGGGGGGCGAAGCAGCGCGUCUGCCCGGGCCCGCGCGAGAGGCGGCGUGGCGUGAGGGGAACGCCCCGCCCGAAGCCCCAGGCAAGAGGGGGCGUGAAGAGGCCUCGCGGCGAGCCAGGCCUCCACGUCAGGAGGAGCGGGACGGCUCUCGCCUCGCCGGCGCCAUGAGCGGCGGGACGCCGUACAUCGGCAGCAAGAUCAGCCUCAUCUCCAAGGCCGAGAUCCGCUAUGAGGGCAUCCUCUACACCAUCGACACCGAGAACUCCACUGUGGCGCUCGCCAAGGUUCGUUCUUUUGGGACAGAAGAUAGACCAACCGAUAGGCCUAUACCACCUCGUGAUGAAGUAUUUGAAUACAUUAUAUUCCGUGGCAGUGAUAUUAAGGAUUUAACUGUUUGUGAACCACCUAAGCCACAGUGUUCUCUGCCACAGGAUCCAGCUAUUGUUCAGUCCUCUCUAGGAUCAUCUUCUACUUCUUCAUUCCAGUCUGUGGGCUCGUAUGGUCCCUUUGGCAGAAUGCCAGCCUACAGUCAGUUUAGUCCAAGUCCAUUAGUGGGCCAGCAGUUUGGUGCUGUUGGCGUUGGAAGUUCGCUGACAUCCUUUGGAACAGAAACUUCAGCCAAUGCUAGUCUGUCCCAAAGCAGUGCAGUUGGUUCCACUUUUACAGCAGAUGCAAGGUCACUAAAAACGCAGCUCUCACAAGGUCGCUCAAGUUCUCCAUUAGACCAUUUGAGAAAGAGCCCAACGCUGGAACAAGCGGUGCAGACGGCAUCAACCCACUUACCUGCUUCUGCACCAGUUGGGAGAAGGAGUCCUGUUUCAGCCAGAUCUCUGGGGUCUACUAGCCAAAAAUCGAUAGAAAAUCAGGAGCACAGGAGAGCUGAAGCACACAAGGUUUCCAGAUGUGAAGCAGAGCAUCUCAGAAAUGAAAACAAACGUCAAAUGGGUCCCUUCAAAACCUAUUUUUCCCCAGUUCCAGGUGCACCUUCGGCACGAAGGGGCCGUGGGGGUCACCGGGGAGGCAGAGGAAGGUUUGGUAUUCGACGCGACGUUCCAAUGAAGUUUGAAAAAGACUUUGACUUUGAAAGUGCAAAUGCGCAAUUCAAUAAAGAGGAAAUAGAUCGUGAAUUUCAUAAUAAGCUGAAACUGAAAGAAGAUAAACCAGAGAAGCCUGUGAAUGGGGAGGAUAAAGGUGAUUCAGGUGUUGACACCCAAAACAGUGAAGGCAAUGCAGACGAAGAUGAUCCCCUUGGACCUAACUGCUACUAUGACAAAACCAAGUCUUUCUUCGAUAACAUUUCCUGUGAUGACAAUAGAGAUCGACGACCAACCUGGGCAGAAGAAAGAAGACUAAACGCAGAGACAUUUGGAAUUCCACUACGUUCAAACCGUGGUCGGGGGGGUUACAGAGGUAGAGGGGGAGGCGGAGGAGUUGGUAACUUCCGGGGUGGUCGUGGACGUGGAGGUACAAGAGGAAGUUACGGCGCCCCUCGAGGAUUUCGUGGUGGAUUCAGAGGUGGACGUGGUGGCAGGGAAUUUGCGGAUUUUGAGUAUAGGAAAGACAACAAAGUUGCUGCAUAGUCUACAAAGAGGUUGAAAGCAAGUGGACUUGGAGAUCUUCAUGGUGCAGAAUGUGUCGGUCUUCACAAAGAAUUAAGUUAAUUUGCUGUAAAACUCGUCACCAGCACUGGGGUUUGUUUUUAAUUUCACAGGGGUAUGGAGCAGUAACCUUUUUGAAAAAUGGCCAUCUUCAAAACAAUGAGCAUUAAAUAUAUUUGAGAUAGAUGACUUAAGUAAUUUCUUACAUAUAGUUAAAAUAUAAAGCAGUACUUCAAUGGAGUUUUAAGUAUUUUUUUCAUCACAGAAAGGAUUUUUCUUAACUAAAGUUGUAUUUGAUAAUUGCUGCAAGCUGCAAAGACAAUUGUAUGCAGAAGGCCGUCAGUACUGUGAAGUGUGUUGAUCUAGUAAAGGUUGUUUUUGGAAAUCCCGUAAUCUCCCUUUUGAGAUAGUUGUACUUUUUGUCAAAUUGGGUGCCGGGCAGUAGAAAACUUGAUUUGUCAGUCAAAAAAAAAAAAAAAAAAGUAAACACAGUAAAUCCUGUUUCGUAGGCAAAAGAAAACUUUUUAUAGUUGUAAAAUUCCAUGAUUAUCCCAUUGCCAAAGAAACACUAGGGACUUUGUAUAGAUGUAUAAAAAGCAACUAAUUUUUUAAGAAUAAAAAUUUUUAGGCCUAAAACCUGCUGUGUUGAAAUGCUAAACAAACGAACACACACGUUAGUUGUUUGGGGGGGGGGGUUCUUUGUAGCUUUUCAGCUUUAAACUUGUUUGAUUUUUAUAUUUUGACUAUAAACAAACAUUUGAAAUGUUCUUCCAUUAUACAAAACGAUAAAAUUAUUCUCUUGUGAAAAAUUCAUUUUGUAGGUUUUGGCAUAUCGCAGAAUUUGUCCAGAUUAAGAGGCUUUUUCAAAUAAAGGCAAACAUCGACAUUUCAUGGCACAAUUCACAGUUCAUAUUAGUAAUAACUCUUAAAGUAAAAAUGACACAGGCACAUGAGUUCUGCUGUUACCUUUGAUGUGCCCAGAAUAAAAAAAAAAGUCUCCAUGUGUCGAUUCUUAAAAUGUUGACUUUGUUUUAAUAUUGUUGACAUAUUCAAUUAAAAGUGAUUUCUUAGUGUUUGCAGUUGCUUGAGUUUUGAUGGACUGUAGCUUGGAGACAUUUACUGCUCAUUCUUAGACCAGUAUCCCAACAGUGAUUUGGUAUGGUGUAAACUUUGCCAAUUCUAAAUUACUAGUUAUGACUUCUUUUGAUAUGAAGUUAUAAUUAGAAACAGUAAUCUGGUGAUUUGUAUUUUGUAUGUGUAUAUGAAAGCCACAGGAAUAAAGGGAUCCAAAGAUUAAAACAUUUUUAUCUAA